AUGAGGAUCGACUCCCUCAUCGCAGUAGGCGCAGCCCUACAGACAGCCGUCUCGGCCGUUGCGAUACCCGAAACCUCCGACCUCACAUCAUCGCUCGACGCCACGCCACAACACCAACAGCGCGACUUCGACGACUCGCUCUACACCGACCUAUGGAAGCGUAGAGGCGGUGGUUCAGGUGGAAGGGGAGGUGGAAGUUCGGGAUCGGGUUCAUCAGGCAGCAGUUCGUCUUCAGGAUCUGGCAGCGGCAGCUCCUCCUCUGGCUCUAGUUCCGGAAGCUCAUCGUCGUCCGGCAAAACAGGUUCCUCGGGAAGUUCGUCCUCGUCUUCAGGCUCCUCGUCAGGCUCCUCAGGUGGCCGCGGCGCUGCCUCCUCGUCCUCCUCCACCGGCGGCAGAACAACGACCGGCUCGGGCGCGGCACCCGCGUACGGCGGCGGACGGUUCUACGGCGGCGGCACGACGGUCCCCUACCGCGCCGGCUCGCGCUCGACGGGCGGCAUCGUCCCCUUCGUGCUGGUGGGCGGGCUCGCGGCCUACGCAUUCUGGCCGGGCGUCUGGUACCACCCGCCCUACAUGUACCCCUACGCGCACCCCUGGAACUACCACAACCAGUCCUCGAACCAGAACGAGACCAAGCCCGUGACCUGCGCCUGCGACCCCUACCAGGUCUGCGGCUGCGACGACAACGCGAACCAGACCUACAUCGACAGCGUCGUCGGCAACGGCUCCUACAACUCCCUCAACCGCAGCCUCGUCGCCAUCGGGGACGUCAACGGCACCGAGACCAUCCUCAUCAACGGCACCCUGCCCAACGGCACCACCGCCAGCGGCGGCACCGACUCGCCCAACGCGGCCGCCGGGCUGAGGCACCUGGCCCAGGCCGCCGGCUGGUGGCCCCUGGUCGCCACGGCCGCGGCCAUGGCGUUCUUUGCUUAG